AUGUCGGAUAUAAGCAUACCGAAGACCAAGUCAUCUUCUGUCAUUGAGACAACUAAUACUACUCCUUAUCCACAACAACAAGAAGCACACCCUACAAGAUGGCAAUCGUUUAAAGACUCAUUCAAACCAGCUAUUGUAACUGAAAAGUUCACGUCUGCCUACGAUGAAGGGGAAGAUAUUGAAAAUAUGACCGACAUCCAAAGAAUUAACAUGAACACCUCCAAAUCUAACUUGCAAAGAAAAUUGAAGAAUAGACACUUGCAAAUGAUUGCUAUUGCUUCCUCAAUUGGUUCUGGUUUGUUAAUUGGGUCCGGAGGUGCAUUGGCUGCCGGGGGUCCAGGUGGGAUCUUGAUUGCGUGGUUUAUUUCCGGUAUUUCCAUUCUUUGUACUAUUCAGGCCAUGGCAGAAUUAGCCGUUACUUUCCCAAUCAGUGGUUCAUUUAAUGUUUAUGCUAGUAGAUUUAUUGACCCAAGUGUCGGGUUUGCCGUUGCCUGGAACUAUUUUUGUCAAUACUUGGUGUUGUUGCCUUUGGAAUUGGUUGCUGCUGCCAUGACUAUUCAGUAUUGGAAUAGUUCAAUUAACCCUGAUGUUUGGGUUUUGAUUUUCUAUGUCGUUGUGGUCAGUAUCAAUUUCUUUGGUGUCAAAGGAUAUGGUGAAGCAGAAUUUGUUAUGUCCAUUGUCAAGGUGAUUGCCAUUAUUGGAUUCAUUAUUGUGUGUAUUGUGUUGGCAGCCGGUGGUGGACCAACUGGUCAUUACAUGGGGGCUACCUACUGGCACCACCCAGGACCAUUUGCCAAUGGAUUCAAAGGUGUGGUUAGUGUGUUUAUCACUGCUGCUUUCUCAUUCGCAGGUACUGAAUUGGUUGGUUUAACUGCUGCAGAAGCACAAGAUCCAAGAAAAUCGUUACCAAAAGCCACCAAGCAAGUGUUUUGGAGAAUCUUGAUGUUUUACAUGGUUUCUUUAACUUUGAUUACCUUUUUGGUUCCAUAUUCGGAACCUAGAUUAUUAGGACAAUCUGAUGUUUCUGCAUCUCCAUUUGUCAUUGCUAUUCAAAAUGGUGGUAUUAAAGUAUUGCCCUCAAUUAUGAAUGCCGUUAUCUUGAUUUCCAUUAUUUCUGUGGGUUCCUCGACUGUUUAUGCCACUUCCAGAACCCUUACUGCAUUGGCUGAACAAGGAUUGGCACCAAAGAUUUGUGGAUAUGUCGACAGAGCCGGUCGUCCAUUGGUUGCCAUUAUCAUUACCAAUGUCUUUGGAUUGCUUAGUUUUAUUGCUGCCAGUGGUAAGGAAGACGAAGUAUUCACCUGGUUAUUAGCUAUUUCCGCCUUGUCUUCAAUUUUCACCUGGCUCUCCAUUUGUCUUGCCCAUAUAAGAUUCAGAAGAGCUCUUUAUGUCAAGGGAAGAAACACCGAUGAACUUGUAUUCACAUCUCUGACUGGUGUCAUUGGUUCUUGGUUUGGUGUUCUUCUUAAUUCUUUAGUGUUGAUUGCUGAAUUUUGGAUUGCCUUGUUUCCGUUAGGCGAAGCACCAAGUGCCGAAGGGUUUUUCUCCGUGUACUUGGGUUUCCUUAUCAUGAUUGGUUGUUAUGUCGGACACAAACUCUGGAGAAAGAAUUGGAUUUUGUUUAUCAGAGCUAAGGAUAUUGAUAUUGAUUCCGGAAGAAGAGAGACCGAUUUGGAAGCAUUAAAGCGAGAAUUGGCUGAGGAAAGAAGAGUUUUGCAAAGCAAGCCUUGGUGGUUUAGACUUUACAACUAUUGGUGUUAG